AUCAAUGACUUCGGUAGAACAUCAGAGGAGGUUGAACCCGAAUCUAAAGGAUGUUGUUAAGAAAGAGAUAAUGAAACUUCUAGAUGCGGGUGUAAUUUAUGCUAUUUCUGAUAGUUCCUGGAUUAGUCCAGUUCAUGUAGUCCCUAAGAAAGGUGGAAUUACAGUGGUUAAGAAUGAUAAGGAUGAGUUGAUUCCUACUAGGACAGUUACGGGACAUCGCAUGUGCAUAGACUAUAGAAAACUUAAUGCUGCGACCCGUAAGGAUCAUUUUCCUUUGCCGUUUAUUGAUCAAAUGCUUGAGAGAUUGGCUAACCAUCCUUACUACUGUUUCUUAGAUGGCUAUUCAGGUUUCUUUCAGAUCCCAAUCCAUCCCGACGAUCAAGAGAAGACCACAUUCACAUGUCCUUACGGCACCUUUGCUUACCGCAGAAUGCCGUUUGGCUUGUGCAAUGCACCAGCGACCUUCCAACGAUGCAUGAUGUCCAUUUUCACUGACCUGAUUGAGGAUAUAAUGGAAGUUUUCAUGGACGAUUUCUCCGUCUAUGGGAGCUCCUUUUCCGUUUGUUUGUCUAAUUUGUGCAGGGUGUUGCAGCGGUGUGAAGACAAACAUCUGGUGCUGAAUUGGGAGAAAUGCCACUUCAUGGUCAGAGAUGGGAUAGUGCUGGGACACAAGAUUUCUGAAAAGGGGAUUGAGGUUGACAAAGCCAAGGUUGAGGUGAUGAUGAGUUUACAACCGCCUAAUUCGGUAAAAGGGAUCCGCAGUUUCCUUGGCCACGCCGGUUUCUACAGACGGUUCAUUAAGGAUUUCUCCAAGAUAGCAAGACCACUUACCCAGCUGUUGUGUAAGGAAGUGAAGUUUGAUUUCGAUUCUGCUUGCUUGGAAGCGUUUCACACGAUCAAGGGAGCCUUGGUUAGCGCUCCGAUUGUACAACCGCCAGAUUGGGACCUUCCCUUUGAGGUCAUGACUGAUGCGAGUGAUUAUGCCGUGGGAGCAGUUCUGGGACAGAGAAAAGACAAGAAGCUGCACGUGAUAUACUAUGCCAGCCGCACCUUGGAUGAGGCUCAGUGCAAGUACGCUACAACCGAGAAAGAACUUUUAGCGGUUGUGUUUGCUUUUGAGAAGUUCCGAUCAUACCUUGUUGGUUCCAAAGUGGUUGUUCACACUGAUCAUGCAGCAUUGAGGUAUCUACUGACCAAGAAGGAUGCAAAACCAAGGCUACUCCGUUGGAUUUUGUUGCUUCAAGAGUUUGACUUGGAGAUUAAAGACAAGAAGGGUAUUGAGAACGGAGUUGCAGAUCACUUGUCAAGAAUGAGGAUAGAAGAAGAGCUACCCUUGGAUUGUAGCCUUCCUGAAGAACAUAGGGAUGCCAACCAAUACAACAAGCUGCUGUCCGUAAAGAUCGAGCCCACCCGCAAUCUUUGUGAUGACACGCUCAAGAUGCUCGGCUUGCACGACCAAGUCUACCAGAUAUUGUGCCAAGCGCGUGUUGGGAUCUUUACCACUUGGGAGGGAGACUUAUACCCUGACUUGGUCCGGCAGUGCCUCGCCUCCGCCACACUCACACACGCUGACCCCAAGAAGAAAUCCAUCGCCGGCGCCACAUUCUCUUUUAAGGCCGGCGGGCGCCGUUACGAAUUGCCCCUGCAUGAUUUCGGCCUCCAUUACGGGUUCUAUCUCGAGGACGAGAACAUGAGCUUCCCGAGGAAGUUCCCACAGGCAGCCACCUUUUGGAGCUUGAUAGCUUCGAGGCCCUACCGCUCCAACAAGGCCAGCCAGACGAGCAUCUCGCAUCCCGCAGUCAGGAUCGCCUCCCGCGUCUUCAGCAACCUCGUCUUCAACCGCGACAUCGGGAACAAGGUCCACCACGACGAUUUGCUGAUGUUGUACUUGGGGUGCAGCUUUUUGACACCCGAGCAACCCGAAGCACAUGCUCUGUUUCCUGGCGCACCUGCUCCAUCUGACGUGCGGUGCAACAUGGCUAUGCACUUCGCUGAGACGAUCUGUGCUGCUAAGCACAAGACUUCUGGCCGUACAGAGAGGAUUGGCAGCCUUCUCACUCAUCUCUUUGAGAACAUGCGGAUCGAUCUGACGAGGUAUUCUCGUGUAGAGCAGAGGGAGCGCAUUGACAUACAGCAUCUGGUCCACUCCCGAGUCAUCCAGUUAGCCAACCCCUUCUACACAUACCGGUACGGUGGCCCUGACGGUAAUCAGGGGAGCAUUCGCCUCCCAGCUCCGGAGCUUACGCAGCUAGCCACGGUGGAUGAUCUGCGUUUCUCCCGCGCCCCACUGCUUCUGGGAGAUGUUCCUCCUCCACCUACCCAGUCUGAUCCACCAUCAGCGGACUUUGCUAGCUCAUCCCACCACCGCGAGGACAGCGUUCCACCAUUCACAUCAUCCGAUCAUCAGGGUGAGUUUGAUCUCCCACCGAUAUCUGAUGAGCCCGAUACCGCUGAAUACAGGAGAUGGAUGGUCGAGUCGCAGCAGAAGAACAACAGCUUGAUGCGGAGGAUCCUGACGACACUAUCUCGCGGUUGCUGCCACCACACCACCACCGCCGCCGACCCAAGCCCACCGGUGAGACCACCACGUCGACGGCACCGCCUUGCCCGUUCGGAGAGCGAAAGCCCAGAUGAUUCUGACGCCUGA